AUGCAGUUGGCAUCUCUCACCUCAUCCAUAAGCUCAUCUGAAGAGAGAAAGCCAUAUCUUUGGAGGAUGCAGCACCCAGAGGCUAGGAAAUAUCAGCUUUUCCCCAAGGAGAAGCAACUCCCUUCAGUGGUUUCCGGAAAACAGCUUGACCCAGAGCAGGCCUUUGCAGUAGCCAUGGCACAGUCUGGCGAGAAAUCAGACAAGCUGGAAAAGGAAAAGUCAAGCCUGAGACUUAGAAUCAAGGAGCAUCACCUCAACCGACGCAGAAAGGUCAGCGUUCCUGAGCUGGGACCAAUGACCACUGUGCAUGAGGUGCCCAUGGACUCUCCAACAAUUCCCGGACGACCUCCUCUUCAUGAACGAUCCAUUAGCUCUCCAGUCAACUCAUGGCGUCGACACAAAUUAGCAGACUCUCUUCCACACCUGCACGAUACAACCAGGGAAAGCAAUGAAUCGACAAGAUCAAAUAUGGCCGAGCUUCAGAUGACCGGUGUGUCUGCAAGUAUACAGCCAAUGUCCCCCAAGAGUCUUGCCCCCCUUGUAAUUCCAAAGGAGACCGGCCCUCUUCCACGCUUGGCUCAUCAGCUGUCACUCAGUCGACUUCGUUCAGGGAACAACAGCAACGCCAGUGAUACCUGCCCACGCAGUGCAAAAACCGAGGACUCGCCCAGGACUAGAACUCCUUUCACUCCUUUCACGCCAGCCUCAGUAUACAUGACCACGCCAAAGUCUGCCGUGACAGCAUCGACUUCACCGACGCCCAUCUCUGCCCCAGCAGAGAGUCGAGCAUCGCCAAGGCCCUGGGAAAAGGCCGCCAACAUCACUCCGGUGGGCACUCCUCAACCCAACAACGACUCAAUGUCGACACCCAGAGCCGAAGCAGAGAUUCCACGAAGUGCCACUGCCAUGUCCUAUAGGACGGAAGCCGAUGCUUCUCUUCGGGCAACCGCCGCCAUGUCACACAGAAGGAACCAGUCGGACACCGGAAGCAUCAUGGAGCGUGGACGUCCUAGAAAGAGAACUGAUGGAAGCAGUGUCGGCGUCCCUCUACGACGCACAGCAUCAAAGGCCAGUAAGAGUGCAGAGCGUCGUGCUUUUGAGACCCUGCCUGAGGGGUGGAAACCUACCGAAGCAUCAAAGAUGAUUGAGAGUGAGGAGCUUGCGAACCUGCAGAAGCAGGCUUACGGCCAGGCAAUGAGGUUCGAGGUUUUGAGAAAGGAACACGUCGAAAGCCUCUCUAAGGAACUCCGUCACCUCGACGAUCGGACCGAGUAUCUGCGUCGCACCUACACUUCCUUGAGGGCUGGACGACGCAACCUCCACUCUCGCAUCUGUCAAUAUCUCCGCUCGCCCCGUGUUGCAAAAUUCAGCUACGAAUCCAUGCUCAAGCAGGAAGAGGCACUUGCUGAACUGGAUGCUUCGAUUGACGACUGGGUGUCCAAAUUGGAACACGCUGAGAACCGUCGAACCCGGGUCCGCCAGAAGCUUCUUGAGCACGUUGCCGCCGCCGCCACUUUGGCUUCCAAUCCAGUCGACCUUGCUGGUGCCAGCGAGUCUCUUCACCAGGCCAUGGGUGUACGCAUACCUAAUGCUUCGAUUGAAGCCACCACUCCACCCCGCAGCCCAACCAAGGUGGAACACCAAGCGUACGCUCCAUCUCCAUCAUCCUCUCCUCAACGAGUUGUGGCUCGCGUGCCAUCUGUCAUACCAGAGGUCCCCGCCGAGAGCAUUACCGCUGGUCUAUGCCUGGACGAUAGCGCUUCUGAGCACCAAUCUGCUCUUGCUCGCAUGGAAAGUAUCCGAAUUUAUGCAGACAGCGACGUUUACGCUCUCCUUGCCGAUGUCGAGACUGAGUUCACCAAGCUCAGUGGUGUAGGAAGACACACUCCUGAGCCUAUCAAGGUUACCGAUAUCUCAGAUGAGAAGAGAAAGGAGAUUCAUCGCGCCCAGAGUCACGAGGCCCUCAACGGCAGCGGACUUGUCAUCAACUCGGCACAGAAGACAACCAAAGCACCACCAAUGUCGCCACCUGCCCCAACGCCACCUUUGAAGGAUGAUUCCGCUAAUGAGGGCUUCUUGUUGACCUCUGCAGUCUUCCAGCCUCCAGCGGUGUCAGUUUCCUAG